CGCGUUGCGCGCGCAUCGCAUCUGCCCGAGCCGCGACCGACUAUGGCGGAUAGGCAGUAAAGGAUGUUUGAGGUCUUUUCUAAAUCGAAAAGUAUCGACGGUAGCCAAUGGCAUAAACCGAGUUUUUUGUAAAAAUUGUACAUUGUAAAUAAUUCUUUGUACAUAUAGCACUUAUAUUUGUGGUCCUUUUGUUUAGAAAUUGUGUGAAUAGUGUAAAAUUUUCAGUGUUUAUUGGAUUCAGUUUUCGGACGCCGACAAUUCUUUUAUAUCGAUGUCAGUACUUCGGUACGUUUAACAAAAAAUCCGAGUGCUUAAUUUUCGCGCAGAUCAGUGCUUAGUUUUCAUCAGUUUCGUCUGCAGUCUUUGUGUUUUAUUCGAAAAACGGACCGUUGCAGUGUCUCGCAAUAUUUUGAUUCCCUUAGCGGCUGUCAUCGCGCUUCGAUAAAACUGGUAGCUGUCAUUACAAAGACAAAAAGACUAUUAGAGUCUUUAAAUGGCUUCAGCACUCAAUUGAUCUUGCCGUAUCAGUGUUUUGAUCAUGGUACACUGUGGAAUCGACGCCUGACUUCGAUAAUAUCGGCGGACACGGUCGAUCGUGUGUAUAAACAGAAGAUCGCUGAGCAUCGAGUGUUUACGGUUGUGACGGCUCGAAUCGUAGUGAAACUGAAUGCUCGAACCUCACGGUAGCCCAAUGAAGUGGCUGGGCACGGGCGGCGAGGAAGAGGCGGGCGAAGCAGGCUUGCAGAACAGCCGCGCGUCGCAGGCCCGCGCGCAGGACGACGCCGCCGUGCACUAUGUGUUCCAGCGCGACUCGCAGGAAGAGCUGCCCUCGCUAGCUCCCAAGCAGCGCUGGGCCGUCGGCGAGGACUCCAUCGCUGAGAGUCAAGAAAAAUGGAAGAAUCAUUCACAAAUGGCUAUGAAUAACAUACAACACCAGGGCCAAGUUCAGAUGAAAAACACACAGUCCAACCCUCAUCAGUAUAUGAAUCAGGCGAUAGCCUCAUCUGUUGGCACGCUCGCUAUAAACCCAUCAAUUAUUGGAAGCCAUCCAGCUCACUUGACCACAAACAUGGUUCACACACAAUUGGCACCGAUGCAGAACCACACUCUGGGUAAUAAUUUAACCAUUCAGAACAGUGCUAUGAUGUUACCACCUCUGCAAGGACUACAGAAUGCACCUCAGAUGGGACAACAAGGUCUUUAUGACAUGCAUCAGCACCCUGGAACUCCAAUGCAGCCUAUAAAUGGCAUAGGCAAGAAUGCAGAACACCUCAUGUUCUUGAGCCAGGCAGGAAUGCUUGCACCAGGGACAAAUCAGUAUUUACAGCAAGGACAGAAUCAGCUCGGGCUUACACCAGUGGCUGCUAUUAGAAAUCAGAUUGCACCUGCCGCUAAAAAGUUGUGGGACAAGGGGCCUGGCGCCGGCGGCGACAGCAAGGGGCCGCCGCAUCUUCCUCCGCUGCAACUCAACCCCGAGCAGAUGUGGCGCGACCCUACUUGGUCCGCUCAAGCAGUGGAGCACAAUGUGGGAGUGCCGAUGAUGGGCACGCGGCGCGGCGUGUCGUUCCCCGGCGGCGACGCGGCCGGCAUCCUGUCGCCGCGCGACGCGGCCGGCCUCGGCGUCAAGAUGGUGGAGUACGUGCUGCGCGGCUCGCCCACAGAAGGUGGUGGCGUGGCGGGCGGCGGCGGCGAGAAGAUGGCGGGCGUGGUGUCGGGGCUGCGCGGCAUGGCGCUGGAGGAGCGCCAGGAUGACAAGGCGGGCUCGCCCUUCGACAAGGACAUGCACGAGCUGCACGACCACGCGCCCAUGCCCAACGGCCUGCACAACGGCCAGGAGGACGACAAGGCGUUCAACCGCACGCCCGGCUCCCGGCAGCCGUCGCCCGCGGAGGAGGAGGGAGGGGUGGGCACGGUGAGCAACGUGGGCGUGGGCGGCGUGAACAUGGGCGUCGGCGUGGGCAUGGGCGCGAUGCGCAACGGCGACGCCUUCCAGAUGCUGCCGCCGCACGCGCUGCCCGCGCCGCAGCCGCAGCAGAUGCACCACCUGCCGCAUCUGCAGCACCCGCAGCAUCACCCGGGAAUGUUAGGAGUAGGACCACUGCAGGGGCUGCCGCAUCCGCAACACCCACAAAUUCAUCCUGGUAUGACGCUAAACGACUCUAUGAAUCAGCACAUCGAUUUUGUACUACAAAUGGAGCAGCAUCCGCAAUUCGACAACAACAGCUUCGCUAGCACGCAACAGUACACGAACGUGGGCGGUGGCGUGGGCGGAGUGGGCGGCGUGGGCGCAGUUGGCGGCGCUAGCAGCGGCGUGGGCGGCGCGGGGCUCGUCAACGGCGCCUCCGUCGUGCAGCCCGCGCCCGACUCCGCGCAGCACCACCAGCCCUUCGAGCUACAGCAACUAUUCCGGUCUCAACAAGCGGCGGCGGCGGGCGGGCAGGCGGCGGCGGCGCAGCUGCAGCUGCUGCAGCAGCAACAACAACAGCAGUUCCAGCUGCAGCAGCAACUGGCGGCACAGCAGGCCUUCACACAGGCGCCCUACGUCAUUAAUGCGGGGCAGGAGGGCGCGCCUUAUGUUAGCGCGCUGAUCGCGGGCGUGCCGCCGUACUACGGCGUGGCGGCGCCGUGGGGCGUGUACCCCGGCCUGGUGGCGCAGCCGGCGCAGCAGCAGGCACAGCAGCCGCGCCGCCCGCUCACGCCGCAGCAGGGCGAGCAGCCGGUGAACGGCCAGGGCCAGUACGGGCAGGGCGUGGUGCUGCCGUACUUCGACCCCAACUCGCUGGUGAUGGGCGGGCGCAACGGCACGCCGCUGCGGCUCGUGUCGCCGGGCGGCGUGCUGCAGCCGCGCCAGUACCCGCCCGCGCCCGCGCACCCCGCCGCCGCGCCCGCGCAGCAGCAGCCGCAGCCCGGCGGCGCUGCGGCGGGCGCGCGGCGCGACUCGCUGGAGUUCGGCGGCGGGCCGGCGGGCGCGCUGCAGGAGUACGCGCGCAAGUGGGGGCCCUCGCCGCUGUCGCCGCCGCUGGGCGCCGCGCUCGGCCCGGUGGGGCUGCGCCCCGUGUCCGCCGCGCCCGGCGCCGAGACCGCCAAGUACAGAACUGUCAGCAACUUGGCGCAAGGCUUGACGUCGAACGGCGGCAUGUUCGGAUCAUCAUCAUCGUUAUUGAGCAAACUCAGCGGGGUCGGAACUAUCUCAGAACUGGUGGGCGGAGGCGUGGGCGGGGUGGGCGUGGGCGUGGGAUCGGUGGGCGCAAUGGUGGCGGGCGACAAACCGGCGGCGGGCCGCUCGCGCCUGCUCGAGGACUUCCGCAACAACCGCUUCCCCAACCUGCAGCUGCGCGACCUGGCCAACCACAUCGUGGAGUUCUCGCAGGAUCAGCACGGCUCCAGGUUUAUACAACAAAAACUAGAAAGAGCGACAGUACAAGAAAAACAGAUGGUGUUCAAUGAAAUUAUCGGUUCAGCGUAUAGUCUUAUGACUGAUGUUUUUGGAAAUUAUGUAAUACAGAAAUUCUUUGAGUUCGGCACCACGGAACAGAAGACGACGUUAGCGCAAAAGGUCCGCGGGCACGUGCUGGCGCUGGCGCUGCAGAUGUACGGCUGCCGCGUCAUACAGAAGGCGCUGGAGUCCAUCCCCGCAGAGCAGCAGCAGGAGGUGGUGCGCGAGCUGGACGGACACGUGCUCAAGUGCGUCAAGGACCAGAACGGGAACCAUGUAGUACAAAAAUGUAUAGAAUGCGUGGAGCCGACGGCGCUGCAGUUCAUAAUAAACGCGUUCGCGGGGCAGGUGUACGCGCUGUCGACGCACCCGUACGGCUGCCGCGUGAUCCAGCGCAUCCUGGAGCACUGCACGGCGGAGCAGACGGCGCCCGUGCUGGGCGAGCUGCACGCGCACACGGACCAGCUCAUCCAGGACCAGUACGGCAACUACGUGGUGCAGCACGUGCUGGAGCACGGCGCGCCCGAGGACCGCGCGCGGCUCGUGGCCGGCGUGCGCGGCAAGGUGCUGCAGCUGUCGCAGCACAAGUUCGCGUCCAACGUGGUGGAGAAGUGCGUGUCGCACGCCACGCGCACGGAGCGCGCGCUGCUCAUCGACGAGCUGUGCGGCUUCAACGACAACGCGCUGCACGUGAUGAUGAAGGACCAGUACGCCAACUACGUGGUGCAGAAGAUGAUCGACGUGGCCGAGCCCACGCAGCGCAAGGUGCUGAUGCACAAGAUCCGGCCGCACGUGGGCUCGCUGCGCAAGUACACGUACGGCAAGCACAUCAUCGCCAAGCUGGAGAAGUUCUUCAUGAAGGCGCCGGAGCUGGGCCCCAUCGGGCCGCCGCCGCCCGCCGGCCUGUAGUCGGCGCAAGGCGCACGCGCGCGCGGGGCGCGGGCCGCGGAGGGCUGACGCGACGGCGCGGCUACCCGCCUUUAUAAAUUUGUGAAUAUUUGCGAUUGUACAUUUGUAACUAUAGCUCGCCGCCUCGCGGCCCGGCCUGUACAUAUAGCGGCAGACUGAUGUACAGACGAUACGGAUACUGUAACCAUAGUUGUACAGCGUCGCACGACCACUCCGCGGCCCGCCCGAGUGUUAGUAUUAUUCGUUGUUCGUAUGAAUCUAUGUAUAAAUAUUUGAACGUCUCUCAUUCUCGUGUAAUUUAUGAAUCGAAGGAAGACUGCGGUCGGAUGAACCCGUGCGUUUCCGUAAUUUAGCUCGUUGUAGAUUUAAUGUUAGCUGGGCUAGGGGACCUUGAAUCUUGAAGUGAUGAAAGAUGCCGCGGGCAGUUCUAGACAAUCGGCACUAUAGUCGUGAUUAUGUUCGUUUUAUGUUGUAGUGUUCAAGUGGAGCUCUCGUUUAAGUUUAAAACCGGCUUAAUAUCGUACAUAGCUUAUCGAAUAUUUUAGCGCCGGCGUGUAUAGUUUGAUUAUAAUUUUGUGAAAAUGAUAUUUUUGUAUAUUUUAAUGUAAUGUGUAACUUAAGUUAUUAGUGGAGCCGAGCGGGCGAUGUUCAGUUGUGACUGCGCGUAGGUUGUAGUGAUGAUUGUAGAGCUGACGGCGCCGGAGGUCUGCUGCUCUCCUCAUUCCCCUGUAAUUAAUUUAUAGGAAGCAUAGUUUCCUACGACACCUCAGAUUUUUUACGUCUAGAUGUAAUUGAAAAUAAAAUUAUUGUAUAUGGCUGUACAAAAAUGUUAACAAAAUGAUGAUUUGUAAAACCUGUAUGAGAUGGUAUGAGGCGGGGCGGCGAGGGCGAAGACGCGCACCGGCCGCCCCGCCGCGUAGGUUGUACUAGAUAACAUUUAUAUGAUUCAUCUAUUUAGACAUUAAUUAAUAAAGCAUUUCUGUAAUAAUAUUACAAAGAAA